GUGGUUAAGAUCCGAAAACGUCAGGUGGUGAAAUACGACUUUUUACCGUUAUCACCAUUAUCUGCGCACCGUUUAUGUAAUUCUUUUAUCGAACCACAUGGUUCCUACUGUUCUUUUCGACCACUCACUUAUUCCGUUGUGCGACGGAAAAUUUUAGUAUUGGACCUAGACGAGACCUUAAUACAUUCACAUCAUGAUGGGAUAGUUAGGCCGAUGGUCAAGCCGGGGACGCCGCCAGACUUCGUUCUACGAGUGAACAUCGACCGUCAUCCUGUAAGGUUUUUUGUUCACUGUCGACCACAUGUUGACCACUUUUUAAAUAUGGUUAGUAAAUGGUAUGAUUUGGUCAUUUUUACUGCUUCGAUGGAAAUCUAUGGCAGUUCGGUAGCUGAUAAGCUUGAUGGCGGUAAAGGAAUUUUACAAAGACGGUAUUUUAGGCAACACUGUACAAUGGAUUAUGGUGGGUGUGGAUACACCAAAGAUCUCUCGGCUGUGCAUGCCGAUCUUUCCUCUAUAUUUAUAUUGGAUAAUUCUCCUGGAGCAUAUCGAAAAUUUCCUCAAAAUGCAAUUCCUAUCCGGUCAUGGUUCUCUGACCCAACAGAUACGUGUUUAUUGGCUCUUCUUCCAUUUUUAGAUGCUUUACGGUUUGCUUCAGAUGUUCGAUCUAUUCUUAGCCGUAAUCAACAACUGCAGCAGGUCUGGUGA